CAUCCCGCCGCCAUGGUCGUAUCCAUUGCAUAUCCAACAGGCGCCUCUGCGACAACCUGCGGCUACUGUAGUCCCCCAGGAGAGCGCAGCGCGAGUGCAUCUAGCUACCACUCGGCCGGAUUGGAGGCGAUGCAGCUGUCCUGUCCGGUGUACCAAGCCAUGAUUGACCGUGGCUGGAGGCGCUCCGGGACGUUCUGCUAUAAACCGGACCUAAGAAGGUCCUGCUGCCCACAGUACACAAUAAGGCUAGACGCGCGUGCAUUCAAGCCUUCGAAGAGCCACAAGAAGCUCCUACGGAGGUGGAAUAACCAUAUACUACACGGGAAGCCUGGUGAUGCCAUGGAUGUCGACUCGUCUACGAAAUGCGUGAAUAAGCAAAAGCUCAAGCGCCAGCCCCCAUUCUCUCUCAUCUCUGCGAUCCAUUCAUCGGAGGCCGGAUUUCACGGAGUCGAACAGCCAGCGCACACAUUCGAAACGACAUUGGAACGCUCGUCAUACACGGACGAAAAAUACGCACUCUAUGAGAAAUAUCAGCGGGAGAUACAUCAUGACACAAACAACACUCCUCGAGGGUUCAAGCGUUUCCUUGUAACCUCUCCGCUCGGUGCGUCACCAAUCCCGUAUGGAUCUGCAGCACCAGCGCACUUGCCCACGACGUACGGAUCGUAUCACCAGCUCUAUCGAGUCGACGGGAAGUUGAUUGCUAUGGCCGUGCUCGACAUUCUCCCCAACUGUGUAUCAAGCGUCUACUUCAUGUACGACAACGACUGGCGGGAAUUCUCCCUUGGCAAGCUGAGCGCUAUGCGCGAAGCUGCGCUUGCGAAGGAAAUGAAGGAAGCUGGCGCGGAGGGGAUGGCGUAUCUGUACAUGGGCUUCUACAUCCACUCCUGUCAGAAAAUGCGCUACAAGGGCGAAUACGCUCCCUCCUACCUUGCCGACCCGGAAACCUACGAGUGGUAUCCGAUUGAGCAGUGCAAGAAGUUACUCGACAACCACCGCUACGCUUGCUUCGCCCAUCCGGAGCAUUCGAUACAAGGGGAUUACGACGGUGAUGACGAUGCACCGGUGGAGCUGCCGAGCGAGGAGGACCAGGCGGACAUUCAGCUCGUCGGUGAGAUAUUGGGAGGGACAAUGUACACAGUACCGCUCAAGGACUACACAGAAUAUUAUCCUGUUUCGGAGCUCGCAGAGUGUAUCAACGGCCUUGGCUUGGACGUCGCGAAGCAGGUCGUCUUUGCAGUUUGAGCAGCGCUUGUUGGGAUUCAAUUGAUGAUCAUAUAGCAAUCCCUUCAUAUUCAUAAAUACCAGUCGUGGUGUCUACAGUAUCUACACGUGCUAGAAGUACAGAUGCAAGAAGAACAAGGCGCGCUGUCAUGCGAACAACAGUGUGUUAAAG